AUGCCCAAUAGAAACAAGACCAUUGCCAUUGUCAACGGUACAGGUCGUCAGGCUGCGUCAGUCAUUCGGGCAGUCACAGCCGUCGGCUAUGCUGUCCGGGCCCAGGUCCAUUCGAUAGAAGGUCUGGUGGCUGAGGAGCUUGCCGAUUUACCAAAUGUCAGUCUGUUCGAGGGACCCUUGUUGAACAACCAAGUCCUCAUCGACACAAUCUUUGAAGGUGCUCAGAUUGCCUUCAUAAACACCAAUCCUCUGGGUGGCGAUGAGAUCAAGAUAGGCAAGGCCCUUGCCAAUGCGGCUAAGAAGCGCAACAUACAGCAUUUCAUUUAUAGCAGCAUGCCCGAUCAUUCAAUCCACAAUCCACGCUGGCCGGCUCUUCCCCUUUGGGCCUGCAAGUUUACAGUUGAGAACUACAUUCGGCAGCUUGGCCUCCCAGCGACGUUUGUCUAUGCUGGAAUCUAUAACAACAACUUCACCAGCUUACCGUACCCUUUGUUCUGCAUGGAUUUCAAGGACGAUGGAACUCUCGAAUGGCGCGCACCUUUUCAUCCAGAUACCAAAUUACCAUGGCUAGAUGCAGAGCACGACGUCGGGCCAGCUGUUUUGCAGAUCUUCAAAGAUGGACCUGGCAAGUGGAAUGGGCACAGGAUCGCUCUUGCAUUUGAGAUGCUCUCACCGAUCCAAGUCUGCCAGGCAUUUGAAAAAGCACUAGAGCGACCGUGCAAAUAUGUUUUCCAAAAACGUAUUGAGGUGAAAGUGCCCAUCCCGAACGGAUACCGAGAGCAGCUUGCGGGUAUCGAAAUCCUCUUUGGAGAGUACAAUGCCCCUUACUUUCCCGGGCCUGACUUUGAGUACGACAUAAGGCGCAAAGGCAGCAAUGAUACGAUUACAGGAAGAAGCAGCAACGAGGCGUCUCGCAAAACCAAAGCUGGCAAAUUGACGGAUGAAGCUCGAUCCCUUUGGCCGCCAUAUAGAUCCAUCUACGAGUAUGCCAAAGAGGCAUUUGUCAUUGAGGAAGAGGCGAAUGGGAAAACUUGGAUGAUCGAUAAAAGCGUCAGCACUUGA